CAGCGAGCCACCGAACUAGUCUUCGUUACCGUGCGCCGCGAGCGUUGCCAGGACGAGAAGAAAAAUCCCAAUUGGGCGCCGACAAACGACGAGGGGAAUUCUUCUUCCAACGGCGAGAAGAAGACGAGAAAGCGGGCGAGGAAGAAACCAAGCGAGCAAGCAAGCGAGGCAUCUCUUCUUCCCCGACUCCUGCCUUCCUUCUCUCUUCUCCCCCAAUCCACCCCUCCGUUCUUCUCUAGGAUUUCUCCGCCCCCGAAUUAAAUCCCUCUCCGAUCCAUGCCUUCGGACGUUUCCCUCCGCUUCCUCCUCCUCCGCCGCCGAUGAGGCCACAGCCGUCGUCGUUCCCCGCCGUUCUUCUCUUCUUCCUGGUCCUCGCUGGGUCCCUCUUCGCUGGCGUCCUCCCACCGCUGGUAUCCCUUCCGGCGGCGGAUGGCGAGGGCUUGGGGGCUUCUUCUUUUCCGCCUCCCCUCCUUUCUCUUCCUCCCGGCGAUUCUGGCAUCCAAGCUCCGGUGAUCCCGGAAUUGGAGCGAGAGGUGCAAGAGCUGGAUGGUUCUGUGGAGCUGAAGUCACCUUAUUCUGGCGCAAGAGCUGGGUCCAGAACUCUAUUACGUUCUGAUGCCGGUGGGCAUAACAGAGCCCUUCUUGUACAUGUCGAUGGCACCAUCUAUUUGAUGGACACCAAAUCAAGGACAAUGCAGUGGAAACUUUCUACAGGUUCCCCAAUUCUAUACUCAGAGCAAGCUCUUUCAAGUAGUGGUCUUUCAGAAUAUUUUAUGGAUUUUGAUGAAGACUGGAACUUCUAUGAAUAUAGCAAGCACACUGGUAAAAGGAAAUUUGACUUGACGUUUGAAGACUAUGUCACCAAAAUGGCCAGAAAACCAAAAGUAAAUAAGUCUGUGGUUACUGUUGGGGCAAUAACGACAAAUAUGUAUAUUCUUGAAGCUGAUAGUGGGAUGGUUGUUUAUACAGAUCAGGUGUCAGGUAGUAAGACCACAGCUGAGAUGCCUUGGGUUGAAGGGAAGUCUGUUUCAUACCAAGGUGCUAAAACUUCUGACUAUAUAAUCGUGAUGAGGACAAAUUACUUUCUGAACUCUUCAGUUCUUGGUACACCUUUGUGGAGUUUGAAGAAAUCUGAUAUCACCGCUUACAUGACAUUUGGGAGCGCACGGGAGCAUGAGCUACCUUCUAAUAUGGAUAAUAAGUUAGAGUUGCCACCCAUGGACCGAAAAGAUGUUCCUGUCAUCUUGCUUAGCAGUGAUGGCAAACUAAAAGGGGCAAGUCAUGAUAAUUAUAUGCUCCCCUUAGCAGCUCAUUUGAAAAGUGCUAUCACUUUGUAUGAAGAACAUGGAAAGAAACCAUCUGGUAGUCUGCCACUGAGUGUGUGCAGUACUGCUGAUAGUUGCUCACAGGCGCUUGUUGCUGCUCCUGAACAGAUUUCUGUGGAGUCUUGUCCCAAUUUAGAAUGCCAUUUAGAAACUGAACGGUUACUAAAAUCACCAGAUAACAAGCUUGUACCUGUUAGUAGUUUAAAAGACUCACCUGAAACUGCAAAUGGAUCUCUAGGAAACAAGGAUAUUGCUGAACCGAAUACCAACAAAAUGUUUUUGUGGAGAUCUCAAUUCCAAAACCCUGUACCAAUGCCAUAUGACAAUACAAAUAAUUUGAAAACUUUAGAAAAAUCAUGUGAAGGGCUGAAUAAUGGUUCAGAGGUAAAAUAUUAUGCCGAUGAACGGACUUUCUCCAUUAUAUUUUCUAAGGUUAGUUUUGGAGUUAUGGCAUUGUUAUUGAUCCUAUUAGUGUCUACCUUUACUGUGCUGUGUUAUUUAAAACUGAGAGUCUCAGUCAAAUAUGAUAAAAAUGUGACUGAUUUGAGGGGGCAACAGUCCGCAGUUCCAAAGAAAAGAAAAGCUCGAAAGGCUGGAAAUGUUAAAAAUGGUGUUAUCAGUAACAAUGACAGGGAACCUUCAUCUGAAAGUGACAACUAUGAAACUGACAGUUUCAUACACAUCCAAAACAAUGAGAGACACUCAUUUGUAAAUCUCAGAGCUGAUGAUGUUGUUAAUGGUCGUUGGGUUGGCAGACUUUUUGUUUCAAAUUCUGAAAUUGGCAGGGGGAGCAAUGGAACUGUUGUUUUUGAAGGGGUUUAUGAUGGUCGUCCAGUUGCUGUCAAACGCCUUCUGCUUGCGCAUCAUGAUGUGGCCUUUAAGGAGAUUCAGAAUCUUAUUGCUUCUGAUAGGCACCCAAAUAUUGUUCGAUGGUAUGGAGUAGAGCAAGAUCUUGAUUUUGUUUAUAUCUCACUGGAGCGCUGUGCUUGCAGCCUAAGUGAUCUAAUUCAAGCAUACUCAGAUUCCUCUCCGACAUUGUCAGAGAGUCAAACUUCAAACUCUGUAACCGAGCAUAAAGUCCAGUUGAACUAUUGGAAAAGUAGUGAAAAGGAUGUUGAACUGUGGAAGGAAAAUGGGCUUCCUUCAUCCCAACUCUUAAAACUGAUGAGAGAUGUUGUUUCUGGUCUCGCACAUUUGCAUGAACUGGGAAUCAUACAUCGGGAUUUAAAGCCUCAAAAUGUGUUAAUAAGCACUGAUAGGUCCCUCAAUGCAAAACUUUCUGAUAUGGGUAUCAGCAAACGCCUUCUUGAGGACAUGUCUUCCUUAAGCCAUCAUGCUACUGGGUAUGGUAGCUCUGGCUGGCAAGCACCCGAGCAGCUUCUCCAUGGGCGUCAGACUCGUGCAGUGGACUUAUUCAGUUUGGGGUGCAUUCUUUUCUAUUGUAUUACAAAAGGCAAACAUCCAUUUGGAAAUUAUUUUGAAAGGGAUUCGAACAUUAUCAACAAUCGCGUCGACCUCUUUUUGGUGGAUCAUAUACCAGAAGUUGUACAUCUUCUUUCUCACCUUUUAGACCCUGACCCGAAAAUGAGGCCAAAUGCAAUAGAAGUACUGCAUCACCCUUUCUUCUGGAGUUCUGAAAUGCGACUUUCAUUUCUUCGAGACACAAGUGACAGGAUUGAAUUAGAAGAUAGGGAAAAUAAAUCCGAACUUAUGGAAGCUAUAGAAAAUGCUACAUCAGCGGCAUUUGGUGGGAAAUGGAAUGAAAAAUUGGAUGCUGCAUUUAUCACAGACAUGGGUCGUUAUAGAAAAUAUAAAUUUGACUGCAUGCGCGAUCUUCUUCGAGUAAUAAGAAACAAGUUUAAUCAUUAUAGAGAACUUCCAAAAGAGCUUCAGGAAAUACUCGGGCCAGUACCUGAAGGAUUUGAUCGGUACUUCUCAAGUCGAUUCCCAAAUCUGCUGAUUGAAGUAUACAAAGUGGUUUGCACAUACUGCAGGGAAGAGGACUCCUUCAGCAAAUAUUUUAAGAGAAGUCUAAUAUAAAUUUGUACGUUGUGUUGUAUAAUCUUGUUCAAUUACCUCCAUCUACACAGUCUGGUCGGUAAUCUUUGUAAAGUUAACUGUAUGUUGUAAUGCUAAUCCUAAAUGAUGCCGUAAUGUACUUGACAUAUGAAAGGGUGUAUUCCCAUUAUUUGUUCUCGUGAAAA